AAGUAUUGGAGACAGUGCCUGCGGUAUGUGAAGUAAGAAGUCUGUGGUAUGUGAAGUAUUGGAGACAGUGCCUGCGGUAUGUGAAGUAAGAAGACUGUGACUUUGGUAUGUGAAGUACUGGAGACAGUGUCUGUGGUAUGUGAAGUAUUGGAGACUGUGACUGUGGUAUGUGAAGUAUUGGAGACAGUGUCUGUGGUAUGUGAAGUACUGGAGACAGUGUCUGUGGUAUGUGAAGUAUUGGAGACUGUGACUGUGGUAUGUGAAGUAUUGGAGACUGACUGUGGUAUGUGAAGUAAGAAGACUGUGACUGUGGUAUGUGAAGUACUGGAGACAGUGACUGUGGUAUGUAGGUAUUCGAGACAUUGUCUGUGGUAUGUGAAGUAAGAAGACUGACUGUGGUAUGUGAAGUAUUGGAGACAGUGUCUGUGGUAUGUGAAGUAUUGGAGACUGUGACUGUGGUAUGUGAAGUAUUGGAGACAUUGUCUGUGGUAUGUGAAGUAAGAAGACUGACUGUGGUAUGUGAAGUAUUGGAGACUGUGUCUGUGGUAUGUGAAGUAUUGGAGACAUUGUCUGUGGUAUGUGAAGUAAGAAGACUGACUGUGGUAUGUGAAGUACUGGAGACAGUGUCUAAGGUAUGUAGGUAUUGGAGACAGUGUCUGUGGUAUGUAGGUAUUGGAGACAGUGACUGUGGUAUGUGAAGUACUGGAGACAGUGACUGGUAUGUGAAGUAUUGGAGACAGUGUCUGUGGUAUGUAGGUAUUGGAGACAGUGACUGUGGUAUGUGAAGUACUGGAGACAGUGUCUAAGGUAUGUAGGUAUUGGAGACAGUGUCUGUGGUAUCUGAAUUAUUGAGCCAUUGCUGUGGUAUGUGAAGUAAGAAGACUGUGACUGUGGUAUGUGAAGUAUUGGAGACAGUGUCUGUGGUAUGUGAAGUAAAAAGACUGUGUCUGUGGUAUGUGAAGUACUGGAGACAGUGUCUGUGGUAUGUGAAGUAUUGGAGACAGUGUCUGCGGUAUGUGAAGUAAGAAGACUGUGACUGUGGUAUGUGAAGUAUUGGAGACAGUGUCUGUGGUAUGUGAAGUAUUGGAGACAGUGCCUGCGGUAUGUGAAGUAAGAAGACUGUGACUGUGGUAUGUGAAGUAUUGGAGACAGUGCCUGCGGUAUGUGAAGUAAGAAGACUGUGACUGUGGUAUGUGAAGUAUUGGAGACAGUGCCUGCGGUAUGUGAAGUAAGAAGACUGUGACUUUGAAAUGGAAACGUCGGUUCUUUGUGCUGUUCAAGCCAUCAGGUAGCUUGCCGGGCCAGUAUGAGUUGAGUUACUUCAACGAUGAGCAUUGUAGCAAAAAGAAGGGCUCCAUCGACUUGGACCAGUGUGAACAGAUCAUCGAGUCUCUGGACUCCGACCAGUUCAACUACCUGCUGGCCAUCAAGACAUUCUGUCGCGGCAAGGAACGCACCUACUUUUUAGCUGCAGACUCUGAGGAAGACAUGACAGCCUGGGUACGCAACCUGUGUGGAGCCUGUGACCUCAAGCAGGAAGAGAGCCCCACUGAUAUACCCCCCGAGCAGCAGCAACAGCAGCAGCAGCAACAGCAGACAUCCAGCUUGUCAGGAACAUCCCCGCCUACAGUGUCGUCUAACGGCAAUGCUCACCAUAUAGCAACCACUGCUCACCACAUAGCAACCAGCCAACCUGUGUCUAUCAGUGCCUCCCUGAAGACUCCCCCCGCCCCUACCAAUGUCUCCACCUCCCCCUCCUACAUCCCCCUCAACACCUGCAGAAGUGGCUCACAGAAACAGCGGCAGACACUGCCCAAAUAUGAAAGGCGAGAAAGUGUGGACAGUGUGCCUGAGGAGGUGGCGCCCCCUCCCCCAGACAAGGGAGGUAAAUCCCAUGGGAUUCGGGACAGCCAGGAAGACAGUGUAUUCAUCUCUGAUGUCUACGACGUACCACCGAAUCACAAUGCAGACGACCUGUACCAGGUUCCACCUCGUCGUCCGUACGGCGGCGGGCAGAUGGAGGACUUCAGCCACGGCCUGGCGUACGAUGUGCCGCCAAGACGUGGAAGCCCGAGCACCCCAAGGUCCAGCGGAAGUGACAAAGCAUCCAUGGGUCGCCCCGUGACACCCCAAGACUUACAACCUACCUACGAUACACCUCCAGCCCGGCCGACCUCCAGUGGCUCAGGGUCUGGCUCAGGGUCACUACCAGACCAGACUCCUCCCCGGCCACCAAGACCAGCAACAUUGAAUCAGACUGUAUAUAUGAAUGUGCCCAAGAAUAGCAAAUCAUUCAAUAAUUUAGAUCUUUCAGCUGUGCCUAGUGCCCCCAAACCCCCUGAGCGGCCUCUUCCGUUAGACAGUUACGACAUCCCCCGCUCAGGUUCCGUGGGGUCUCGUGUCACCUCUCUAAAUGUGGCACCCCCACCCCCCAAGAGCUGCAGCACCCGGAAUGUUCACAAAUACAUGAACGCUGCAGAGGGCGUGAUGCAGAGCCCAAAGACUGAUAGUACGUAUGUGCCAAUGGACAAAUCCGACUCCACUAAGGAGACUGUGUACACAGACAUGGACGUGGUUUACACAGACAUGAAGAUGUCGGACAUGCGGAUGUCGGAGAGGAUGUCCAGUCUGUACCAGUCUCCACCCCCAUGUCGGAUACCCCCCAGGACAAAUAGCUCCGUCGUCCGAGCCCCUCACUGCCCCAACCCAGGUCAUAACCACAAGCAUCAGCAUCGUCAUCCCCAUCAUAUGCACCACCAUCACCUCCCACAACAUCUCUGUACAGAUUCAGAUACCUACGAGAAUCAAAUCUGGAGCUCUACUCGGACCAAGAGCUUCAAACGCAAUGAGCAGAAUCGGAUCAACAACCAUGGCAGUCCCAGUAAUGCGAGGAAGUCAUUGUCAGUGUCGAAGCCAAUUCUGCAGCUGCCUUCUAAGUAUGACACCGUCUCUAGCUCUGAUGAAGAGGAGGAUGCUGAUGGAGGGAUUCAUCUGCCGAAGGGUAUGCGUGCGGUACCGCCGCCGCCCCAGGUGUCGGAGGACAAGGAGUUGAAGUACCUGGAUCUGGAACUGGAUGAGUACACCCAGGAGACCAACACCCGGUCCCCAUCCUCCGUCCACCUCCCCCACUCCACCCCCACCGAGUACCGCGAGAUCGACUUUGUCAAGACGCAGGCUCUCAGCAACACCAAGAAGUGGAAGGAUGAACACAUGCAUCAUUAGUACCUGGUGCGUGGCCGAUGCAGAGCUUUCUUCUCCCGUGUGGAGAUAUACAUGAAGACUUCAGUCUGGGAUGAAAUGUACAGAUCAUGGUAUCCUCAACUUCCAUAAAUGGAACUUGAAAGUUGAAACAAACUUCCUCAACCUGACAAUACUUGGCUGUGUCUGUUGAGGGGAAUUAUCCAUGUAAAGAACCCAGACUUGGAAUUAAACUAGAUUGUGUACAAGAUGCAUCAAACAAACGUUUAAUCACAAUAAGUCUUCAGGAUUAAAUUAAGGAGAAUCAUUUUAUCCAAAUUUGAGGCAUUACGUUCACAAACUUACACUCAUUAUGUUCUUAUGUUCAUUUUACACUCUAGCAAAUUGUAAAUACUGUAUACGUCUUUGUGUUGCGUACAUCGGGUUAUUUGAAAUGAAACUGUCAAAGUCAAAGUAUGCAUCGGCCAUGUUAGUUCAGUUGGUACCGUAUAACGUCUCACUUGUUACUAUUAGUACUGCACAUAAUGUAAAUAGAUUUCCUACAUAAUAUUAAUAUAUGAUAUCUUACACUUGUUAUGUUGAUAGCAGCUUGUUUAGGGCUGUGUAGGAACAGGUAAGGCUGUAGUACUUCAUCUCUUUGUCAAAAUCAGAAAGUGCUUCAUCAUCAGUUUUAUGGUUUUAGCUAUAGUGCUUACAUUUUACAGAAGUUGUGCUCAAAAUGUAAUUACCGUAGUGGAAUGUUACUCCGAAUGACCCAAUACAUGCUGGUACACUGUUAAGGAUAGGAUGAGGAUGAGUUAUACAUGUUUGCUGUGAUAUCACUAUAAUGGCUAGCUUCAAUCACCUUUGUAGCAACCUUAUUUUUCAAUUUUCCAAUGUUUUGAUAAUACUUUUGCUUCUACAUUGUUUUGAGAAAGACCAGUAUUUUUAUCUCAGAUAUGAUCUCUUUUUUUUCUCAAUAAAAUCUGCUGACUGCAGACUGAGUGGUUUGAAUUUAGGGCUCAGGGCAUCAUCAGACAAGUACCGUAUUUGACGUAAUAAGUGCCCUGCUCUAAUAAGCGCCCACGGCGACAUUUGCAAAUAUAUUGGCUAGUGAACAACAAUCCCAAUUAGCACCCCUUCCGAUUGGUCAAUGUACAAUAGACUUAUUUAUUCGUGUAUAAUAUGCACUCGUGUGUUAUAUGCACCCUUAAUUAUGGGCAUUUAAAUUCUGGAAAGAUAUAUCUGUCGUAUAUAAACGUAUUUCAGGCUGUCAGCAUAAACCACAAAAUUUAUCUUCCAACUCUGUUUAUUUCACCAAAAUAAUAUUCUAAUAAGAGCCCCCUCUUUCUAAUUUUGAGAGCGCCCUGGGCGCUUAUUACGUCAAAUAUGGUAAUAGAAGGUUACUAUGGGGUCUUGUGUACUUUAAGGUUGUUGUACAUCUGUAGAACAGGGGAGCCAAGUAUCUUCGUUUGUUUGGAGUUAAGAUGGUGCCUUGUUAUGACCCUAUUGGGUGGAUCGAUGUUGAUGAUGUCAGUCACUGGAUUGUCUGGUCCAGAUUCGACUAUUUACAGACCGCUGUCAUAUAGCUGGAAUAUUGCUAGUGUUAUACAUUUACAGGUUUUCCUUAUGAGGACAAUAUUCAAAAUACUUGAUGACCACAUAACUCAAUUUACUUUUUUACUUUUUGAUUUCUACUGACUCAACUUUGGAAAAAUACAUGUUAAUAUGAUAGUUUGAAACAAAGAGUAAUUUGUCAUGUUUUGGUGUAUUGUGCCACAAACUGACUGUAUGACUGUCUGUAAGUAUGUCAGUAUAGGUUGAAUACGCUGUGUAAAUACAAGUCCCUUGUAUGAAGAAGAUGACAGUGUUGAUGAUCUGUGUAUGGUUGCAUUAAUGAUGUUUUACAUUUUAGUCAAGUCAGCUACUUUUGUACUAUUUUGUACUGGUUUGAUAGAUUAAGGCUUCUCACUAGAUAUUAGCAAUCUUUAACACAUGUAUAAUCAAAACUCUACCAAGUCGCAAAUGGCAAGCGAACAGUUACAACCAAGUUCUCAUUUCUUGUCAGGAGUUGUCUGUUAGCUGGGAGCAGUGUAGCCUUGUGGUUAAAGCGUUAUCACUCAAGGACAAAGGCCUGGGUUUGUUUCCCCACAUGUGUGAAGCCCAUUUGUGGUGUCCCCUGCAAUAUUGGCAAAAGUGGCAUUAAACCACACUCACUCACUCACUGUCAAUAUCAUCGAGUGUGAACACAGCCAUCUAAUGAAGUCAGAACCUGUUUUCCCACUAACAAGUGACAAAACACUGUGUCCCCCACUCCCAUCAGCCUCUCCCCAGUCCUACUGCAGACUCAGCUCUUAUUACCCACCUUCAGAUGGCCAGCUGGGAGACUUCAGUGGGGAAUUCACUCCAAGACAUAGCAGUAGCAGCUAGAAUGUAGAUCGUCAAGACAGGGCGCUCCUGCGGAGAUGGGAAGUCAUUUGUGAACUUUGAGCUGGUAUUCCUGCUGUGGAGACAUGUUGUUUUACUCCAAUAAUUCCAGAGAUGUUGUUCUACCUCAUUAGAUCUUCAAACUUUGGUGUUGGAAGUCAGAGAAUUACAACUUUUGUUGGCAGGAAGGUUUCUCGUUGAGCGUAUUGUAGUGUUUCGCAAUUACCGUCAGGCUGAGUAUUCUUGUUGCUUUGUAACCAAUGAAAACAUUGAGGAGCAGAGAACAGUUACAUGUUGGUGUUCUAAAACAGCAAGGGAAAGUUCAGAAAUUGGUGAAAUUGAUUUUUUUUUAUAAUAUCUACACAAGUGAGAAAAGUAAUAUCACAGGUCGAGGAAUUAUAUUUGUCAGUUUUUUGGAAUGAAAAACAUGACAUAUAUUUGACAGGUUAAUCAGAAUUUCAAUUUUGAAAUAUUGUUAUCCUCCCAACGGUUUUCCAGUCAGUAAAAACGAGGCCUGACUUUCGUACUACAUAUCUACAGUGAAAUGAGAAGUCUUGCUGUUUCCAGCCAAGCCAAAGAGCAUGUUCCUUCCACCAAUAUUGUUUUGACUGUAUGCUCUAAGGCAAAAAUAACUCAUCAUGUAAAUAUGUUAACUGAUAGGUGACGCUAACCCAGGAGCCUAUGAUGGAUUAUGGGUUUACAGAUUGAUCGAUCUUCGAGCUGUGUACUCAACAUGUUAGCCAGGGUUUGGUUGAUUGAAGUAAACAAGAAAGCAGUACUGUACACUCAUGAAAGCAGUACUACAUAUUCAUGUAAGUGUUAUACAGCUCCAGCUUGUUAGUCACAAGAAACUGUAUAACUCCCAGGGAGCUGAGAAGUUUGCUACACAGACACUAUCACAGAAUCUAUGGACCAUCAUCAUAUAUUUGGCAAUUAUGUAUUUGGUAUUUUAUAAGUAGUUUCUCAGAGCCUCUGUAGUAUAGGUUUUCAACACCAGAAAACAGAUCAGUGAUAGCUGUUUGACACAAGUCUUCUUGGGUUAGAAAUCUUUCCUAGGCAUACACACAAAAUAUGCAAACAAUGUCUUGAAAAAAGUAACUUCGGCUUCUUCUUGCUAGGAGUAAAAUGUCAUAAAAAUGUCAUGAAAUACAGUUAUGAGAACUCUGAGAGUUGUCAGAGUGACUGGAGUGUCCACCCACUUGGAUGCAGCUCAUAGUUAUCACUGAAUGAUACGACUCCCAACUCACCUGGGCUUCCAUGGUUCUCUUUACAGAGCAACGUUUGAACAUGUCUUCAUUUACGACACCAAUGUAGAAUGUUUUACACUGACCCACAAAUUGCCAGUAGACCAAAUCAAAACCAAAACUGAAUUUGCAGAAUAUUUUAGCAAUAAAUGCAUCUGCUUUGAAUUUGAAGUUAUUCUCACCCCUCACUCAACUAAAGUGUAAUAUCCACAAGCACAUGGUCAACAACUCUAUUACAAAGACGUGUAUUCAUAUUUAUUUCAAAUCAAACUAAUUUUGAUAAUUUGUACCUUCACAACUGUUAUCAUGUGGACUUAAGUUAGAUGUUCCAUAUAUGUUAUAGGUUUUGAGUUCUUAAGCUAUCAGAUUUUUGUCUGGAGUUUAAAGAAUUCUUCCAAAAUGUCAUUUUUUAAUUGUAACACAAAAUGGCAGCCUCUGUAUAGCAUCAUGCUUACUCAAAUUGUAAAAUACACAAAAUCAACAAUUCUGUAGGAUUUUAUGCGUUUUUCUGCUGUAAUCAAUUGAGGAUCUCUCAGGUUAGAGACUCUUUAAGGCAGUUUUGUAUCAUUCACUCCUGUGCUUUUAUACAUUUUUAAAUUACUGAUCAGUUUAUUAUAUCUUUUUAUGUGUAUAUUUGUUUUGAUAGUUAUUGGAGUAUUCAUACUGCUUUUGUAAUUAAAACUGCUGUUGUGUCAAUAUAUGUUGACAUGUAAUGAUUUCAUUAUUGUAAAUUGAAUGCUUGUUUUACAAACAUCGAAUGGUGAUGUCACAACUAGCAUGAACUUGCAUAAUAAAGAAAUUGUCAUCCUUUCUGAAACUCACAGGAAAUAAAAAAGAGUGGAAUCACAUUGAUAUUUCGAGUUCCUUAGUAUGUGUAGCUAAAUCUUGAGUUAUCACUUCCAGGAGAAGUUGUUGUUUUAUUGCUACUUAAUGUCUUCAGUAUUAGAUUGUGUUAUGAUUAAAUUGGACAAACAGACAUUCAUCUCACCUCAGGAAUGGGCAACAGGAAUGGAUGUUAUUUAAGUGCACUGUCAAAUGUAGUAAAGAACGGAGUCGGCGACAAUUAGUGUCAAAGUGCUGUUUUGCAAGGCAUUACUUAGAAGUUAACGGAUGACAAAGUAGACACAAUUUAUGGAUAACAACUUCUUUAAUACCGUAAAAAAGCAACAUUUCGGUAUAGAUCCUUAUAUCUGUCUUGCUUGACAACAGUAUAAGGAUCUAUACCAAAAUGUCGCUUUUUUAUAGUAUUAAAGAAGUUGUUAUCCAUAAAUUGUGUCUACUUUGUCUUCUGCUCCUUUUUCUUGCCAACAUCACUCCAUUGUCUGUAAGUGGCAUUUACAAAGUGGUAUGAGGAACAAGGAGAUAGGUCUAUGGAGAUACAACUUCAUUGUUACAAUGAAAGCGACGUUUCAGUGUAGAUAAAGACGUAUAUCCAGAGAACGUUCUCCCUUGUUCAAUAUUACACCAGUAAAUCUACAUGCUCCAUAACUUGAUGUUUUCUAGGCUGUUUGGCUAUGUAACAGUUUCCAGGUAGGUCAACAGUCCCAUGUCAUGUUUGGAAUAUUGGAUAGUAGGAUCCAAUUUUUAUAGCCCUGAUGGAGAUAGAGAGUCACAAGCUGUAACAAAUUGACAUGAUGUAUUGUCAGUAGUUCAUACAUUUGUGUGGGAGACAUUUCAAAAUCAGUGUAGACAUGAAAAUAUUCCUUAAGUAUUUAUUGGGAAUACAAAUAUAAUUGAUGAGCAAUAAUUAGAUGUCUUAAAUGACUGGUGCUUGGAUGUCUUGGUACUGUGUAGACUUGCCAUCACUAUUGAGAAGUGGAUAUUUAAUGUAGUUGGACGUUUUGUUGACACCUCUCUUUUCAUGAGAUAUUUCCUGAAACCAAGUGUCUGUGCCACUCACUUUGAUUACCAGCAGAAGAAUGUUGAGAUAGGAUUACAUUACUCAAAGGAUGUCCAAACAAUGAAUAAACUUGUCCAACUUGUGGAACUUGUUAAAGGUUUGUUUUUGUUUACCACAGUUUGAAAUGGAUUGGAUAAGUGCAUGUAUUUUUAUAAUCAUGUUGAUAUUUAAUUGCUACACAUGAAAGCGGAGGUCAUGAAUGAGAGAAAGUAUUGUUUGUAUAUAAUCAGUUGCUUCAUUAUGAUUAAACUUAUUUGUCUUACAAA